CAAACACAUAAAACUCCCAACCGUAUCACUCAUUACCAAGAUCGCAGCUCCGAGGCUUUAAAUACCCCAAGCGCAUUUUCGCGCCCGGCAGACCACGCUCCUGAAAAAGUCCAGUUCCAAUACCGUACACACACUAUCGCCAGGAUGGUGAAUUGGUUAACGUUGAUGGUGCCUUUUGCCUAUCUCGGCAUACUCAUCGGCUCACUCGUGACAUUCUCGUCUCUUUAUCGCAAACGAAAACUCGCAAAGGCUGCUUCUCUCGCUCCAUGGUUUGGUCAAAACCUCCAACGGGACAUAUACCUCACCCUACUCCACAUGGAGCCCGAAGCAGGGCAACCAAAAGUCCCGGACAGUGUAUUGAAGGCAGCACUUUUGCGGCGUGCGACUGAGGAUGUCCAUCGAAUCGUUCAGAUUAGGAAUGCGAAACAGGCGUUGAGCACACUUCUACAAAAGGGAUGUGUGGGUGAUGAUCUGUGGAAGCGAUUCUCGCGUGCGGAGAAAGAGGUGGAAGAAGAAUUGAGAGAUGUAGUUCAAGAGGCGAACGGAUUUGUUCCUGGGUGGGGCCAAGUCAUUUUCCAGUCUGCCUCCGAGAUCGCACAAAACAUAGUAGCUAGGAAACGGCUAGAGGAGAUACAAGCUCAGGUCGACGCCGACAAAGAAUGGUGGGAGAAGAAGAAAGCUUCGGUCUCUUCUGAGUUCAUGAAGGAGUUGGACAAUGAGGCUGCGGCAAGCCCACCCUCUGCAAUGAACAAGCCAAGUCCGACGAACACGAAGGGUAGCGAUGAUGAUGCAGUCAUAGUGGAAGCUGGCGGACCGUCCGAUAGUGCUCCAAAGAACAAGAAGAAGGGCAAGAAAUGA